UGCCAGGGCGCGGCGUCCCCGCGGCGGCGAUGGCGGCGGGGCCGGGCGCUGAGGGACCCGGCGCUGAGGGACCCGGCACUGAGGGACCCUCCCGCGCCGCGGAGGCCGCGCUGGAAGUGAGUUGGGUUCAGGGAUUCUCAAACAAGAACUUUGGCUUUAUCAACAAUCAAACUCUCUGCUACCCUUGUGGUAAAUACAUCCUCUUCCUGGACAUCAAAACAAAGAAGACAAGAGUACUGCAGUGUCAGUCUGGCCAGGUGGGAGCCUUUGCAGCAAAUGCCAACAGUCAGGUGCUGGCCUUUUCUGACCGGAAGCUGAAUCCCAGCAUAUACAUCUACACUUUUCCAGAACUGAGUAAACCAACAGAAUUAAAAGGUGAUGCUCAGCUGGACUACACCUUACUUGCAUUUAGUUUCACAGGCCCAUAUCUGGCCAGUUACUCUUCAUUCCCAGAAUUUGUUCUUUCAGUAUGGAAUUGGCAAGAAAAUAUCCUCCUGUGCAGUAAGCCUCAGCCRGGGCUAACAGCGACCUCGCUGAGUUUUAACCCUAUGAAUUGGCAGCAGCUGUGUUUUGUUGCUGAGAGCUCCGUUACCAUCUGGCACAUUGAAAGGAGUAAGGACGAGCAUCACCUUACACGACACCCUGUGGAACUCCCUGAUGAUUGUGGAGUCGUGAGUCCUCAUGAGGAUUUCUUUUUYCCACCUUCUCGUUGUAAUGAUCCGUACCAUGGCCCUGAUUUGCCAGUUUCAGCCAUUGCUGGACUAAAAGGCGAUGAAGCAGAAACAUUUGUGCCUAGAAAUUGUAUUAAGACUUCAGUGCAUCCCACUGCCCACUGCUGGACUGCAACCUCAGAAAUAUACAUGASCUGUAAAGAAGGAUAUAUUUUGUCAAUUGAUGCUGAGAAAUACAGUGUUUGUGUUCUUCAACAAAAAGCUUCAUCUGGUGGCAAACCAAACAAUCUGCAAAAACCAGUUUUACUUGCCAUGGCAUUUUGUAAUGAGGGACUGUACUCAGCUGGAAGCGAGGGCAUUUUAAUCCUUUAUCACAUCAACGAUCUGCAGUAUGAGAUGAAAAUCUGUGCUGAUAUCUCACAACCCAUAUCCAGUCUCGUAUUUACUCCUGAUUACACCAGUCUUCUGCUUGUCACUGACCAGGGGACAGUCUAUAGUUACAAACCUGCCCGUAGUGGAGAAGCUGUCAAACUCUUGGACACAUCUAGCAGUUGUUUUCUGGCAGCUGAUUUUCUUACUCCAGGGAACAACUACUGUGUGUCCGUAACAAUUUCAGGUGAAGUACAAGUUUGGUCCUUGGAAGAUGGAACUUUUCUCAGCAAGCUAAACCUUGGUAUUGAGGCAACUUCUAUGGCUUGCUGUCCCUCCUCCAACAGUGUUGCUGUAGGGACCCAAAGAGGUCAAAUCUUUUUCCUUGAUGUUACCAAAGCUGAAACUCCACGGGUUGUUCAUGAAAUUUUUCUUUCCAAACUUCCAGUGCUGUCUUUGCAUUAUGAUCAGAGUGGCCAGUUCCUCAUUGCAAGAGCUACAGAGGGAUACAUCUUUAUUCUAGAUGCUCAUCCAUCAAAAUUAUUCCAAGUGUUGGGAUAUAUAGUACUGGCAGAUGAAAUGCUCCAUCUUUCUGUAAUUUCUGACUUAAAGAAUGACUUAGUUGAAGUGAUGGUACUUCUGAAUGUAGCAGAGGUCCAACGAGCAAGACUGGAAAUUUUCUAUCUGUCUUCAGCAAUCUUAACAGAUAAUGAUAAGUAUGUGAACGAACAAGGAAUGUUUGAUACUAGUGCCCUGAAAAAGGAGCAGUAUGAUCUGGAUUACCCUUUGAGUUCAGCAGUCAGAUUGAAGGAUAAGAUUGUGUAUGGCUACUGCACCUKUGCACCUUUCAUCUGUAAAUACCACCUCUCUGAAGAGAAUAAGUUGGAAGAUCCAUCAGUAUUUUCAUCAGUAAAGAAGAUUCCUAGCAAUCAGUUUGGAUCAGGUUUGCUCUGCUUAUCACCCAACAGCCAGUGGCUGGCAGCAGCAGCCAAGGAUGGUGUUUUGUUUAUUUACAAUACUUCUACUCUGGAUAUACUUGCACAAAGGCAUUGUCACUCAUAUCAAGGAGGGGGAAUCAGAUCCAUGGUAUUUUCGCUGGAUGGCAAUUUCAUCCUGGUUAAUGGUGAAAAUGAUUGUGCCCUGGUGUGUCUGAAGUGGAAGGAGAUAAAGGAAACUGAAGUUAAGGAAGCUGCUCUUUACUGGCAGUCUCUAGAUGAUGCACUGAACAAGUCUACUUCAGAUGAAAAUUCUGUUUUAAAAUCUAUGGCAGAAUGCAAGCUUGACCUAGCAUCCACAUCAAAAUCACUUCCAAUAAAGAAAUUCAAGGAGACACCAUCAAAAUCUUCCAGUGCAGAGGUGACAGAAGAAGAUGGAAGUACCAAUGACAUGACAUGGAUAGGUCAGAAAAUGCAGAAGGUUAUGAAAGAAGAGACUCAGAGGUUUGCUAACCAAAAGGAAGAGCUGCAAAUGGGAAUUAAAAAGCUGCGUGAAACUGUUCAGAAAAUGAUGUAUGAYAACGAGCAGGUGCCAGACAUUGAAAAACUUGAACACUGGGAGUUCAACCUCGAUGUAGAAGAACAGGAACAAGUGCAAGCAGAGGCUGAACAAGAGGUGGCCAUGGCAAGGAAGAAGAUUGAGAUGGAGAGUUUAUCCUACUGCUAUUUGCAGGAUUUAAUCAAAUAUGAGUGCUGGGAUGUUAUGAGUGUAAAAGGACGUGCAGUUAAGUGCUUCCAUAUGGAUUGUGAAGUGAGCAAUUAUCCACUGAAGGAACGKAGUGAAGAAGAGCUGGAAACUGUGAAGGAAGCUCUUAGGUUAAAGGAGGCUGACAUYGCUGCUCUUAAGGCUCAGGAGGAAAAUCUUGAGGAUGACUCUGAGGCUGUUUUAUCUGAGGAAGAAGAGGAGAAGAAGGCAGUAGAAGAAGUAGUUGAUGAUGGUGCAUUUCACUGCCUAAAUGGAAGCCUGAGCUUUCAGUAUGGUGGGGACACAUCUACCCUAUACCACCAACGUGACUUGCACACCAGGGAGCAGAAACUCAAUCAGAUAAUAUUAUUGAAGGACAUCAUUUACAAAGUGAAAACUGCUUUCAAUGAGGAAUUUAACGUAGUUGUACAACAAAAGGAGCAGGAGAUAGCACGAGUCAAAGAAAGAAACGAGAAGAUCCGAGAAAUCUUGGCACAGCUUGACCAACAAGUGGAAGUGUGGGAGCCAGUCCUUACGGAUGAUGAGAUGCCAGAGCGAGCUCUCACCGUUCAGGAUUCAGAGAUUAAAGCUGAGAAAAUCUUGACUCAAGAGGAGAAAGAGCAAAUAGAAAUGCUGGCUAAGCUUGAAAGGGAAAGACUCCUUGCYGCUAUGGACAAUGACAGACUGCGUGCUCUUGAUGAUAUGAUGGGGGGAGUGCUGGAAWUCAGGAGGGAAGACAUCUUGAAAAUGGAUAUUCCUCCACCUUCUUUUACAUCCAGACCUGAGGAUCUUUGGACUGAAGAAGAAAAGAAAACAUUCGAAGAAUAUGAGCAAAAARCCAAGGAACUGAAUGAACAAAAAGAAGAGUAUAGAGAGUUUCUGAGAAGUGAAUUGCAGAAAAUUGAAGCUUCCAUCAAGGAAACAACACAAAAAUUUGAUGAGACUGUCUGCAAACUCUCUGUACACAAAAUGAAAUCACAGAUGGCCAUCUACCAGGAAGAACUCAAAAUACUCAAUCUCACUUAUGCUUUACUGUUGGAUGAAGAGUUAGACAACAGAGGAGCUGGACUUCAUAAAUUCCUUACRAAAAAGAAGAAAGAAAAAGUCAAAGGUGCAAGAAAAAUCCUGAUUGCAAAACAUGGGGUUGAGGCUUACACAGGCCCCUAUAAAGACGCAGUAGAAGAAGAGAAGAACCUGGAACAUGGUUUUAUGAAGGAGUUUGCUGAUUUACCUCAUGGUCUCCUUGAUGAACUUUUACAACUUUACAGCCAUCGACCAGAGACCCCAGGGACAGAAAYUCUCCAUGACACAGCUAACCCCUAUGUGAGGGGCUCACCUGAGGAUUACCAAGAAGCACUUUCCCUUUUAAUGAAAGCCAUGGAUGAACUGGAUAGUCCUGAGAACAUGCCUAGUGGCUUACACCAGUCUGUAUGGAAACGUUUUUGUGUAGCUAGACGAAAUAAAAUGGAGAGUGAGGAGCUGGUGAAAUGGAAGGCCCUAGCMCUGGCAGACAUGCAGGCCUUUCUCCGGAGAAGAAUGGAUGAAAAUGAGAAGAUGAAGUCAGAAUUAGAGAGCAUUUUCCAAGAACUCAAUUGGCUGAAGGAGGAGAAGAUGAAGCUUCAGCAGAAUGUGUUUGUCCAGCUUUUGCUAGAACAAGGGCAGGUGGAAUUGGGUAGUACUGAGAUCCCAGAGUACAAUGAUGCUAUUCUCAUUCAUAGGACUAUUGCUGAAGAACUGAAUAGCACUCUUGCGGCUGAAGGAGAAAAAAAAAUUACUGCCAUGAUAGAAUUUCAAGACUUCUCUAAAGGGAUAAUACAGCUGGAAUGGGAGCACAAGAAAAUGAAAAUGCAGAUACAAGAUCUGAGAGAGAAGGCUCGGGACAUCGUAAUACUACCUAUUUCAAAAGAUUGCCAGCUAUUCUUAACUGUGCAGAACUAUGACACCCACAUCGCUCAGCAGUUAGCAGGGAUGGAGGAGAGUCUUGCUGUCAUGGAUAAGUUGCACAAGAAGAAUGUGAAGAACCAUCAGAAAAAAGUCAGAGAGCUGAAGAAGUACAUCCGUYUAAAAGAACAAGAAAACUACGAGCUCAGCCUGCAGCUGAAGGAAAUGCUUAUCUCUGUGUCAGAAAGAAUGCAUAUCUUCGAGGCAGCUGACACACGGGAUAUUGCUGAAAAGACCACAAGGCAGCGUUACCAAGAGAUUUUGAAGCAGAAAUUYCUACGGAACCUUUUAAGGGAACAGAAAAAACAGCUUGCAAUUCUUCAGUCAGAAGCUGAAGGUCUGAAACCAAGAACACAUAUUGUUUAAAAAUCAAGAGUCCAGGCAGUUGUAUAAUACCAUGGUUGUAUCCUUAUUAGGAAAACAGGAUAUAGCACCUGUAAACAAAAGAGGUAAGAUGUAACCAAUACAAAAACAAGGAGUCCUAGCAGGAAGAGUUGUAGUUAAAAUUUAUGUAUUUUAGAGAAGCAGUGAUUUGAGGGAAAAUGAAAAACACAAGUCACUCUGAUGAGAAAAUAAGCAAUUUCAAGUUAAGAUUAAAAAAAUGUAAAAGGCAUUUAUUGGAGAAUAAAUGAAAUGGUAAAGAUUUAUUSAGCUUUAUGAUGCUGAUUGUUUAAAGCAAUCCACUUAAACAAGGCCUUGGGUUUUUUUUUGUUUAUUUAAAAAGAGAAAACACCUUGACUGUCAGAUGUAGUAGGACAGUAGAAAGUUGGUUUCAGUUUUCUUGUCUUCCGUUCUAUUACCUCAAGCUGUGGCAKAAUGCUUAUGAGACAGCAGCCCUGAAGAGACUGGCUGAAGCAGUACCURAAAGCAACUGCAUUAUUAGCACAUUUUCCUCAGUAAGAGUUAAAACUAGGGAGAACAUCUUAUUUCAGCUUUGGAAUAUUAAUAUAAUGAAAAUUAGUUAUCUUUACUUAACUCACACAAUGCCGUCAUUAGCCUUCAUUGGGCAGCAGGAAGACAUUUGUAAAAUGGAGGUGUAUCUCCAAACAAUAAACUGAACUGUUSCCCAUCCGAACAUGAACAGAAUUGACAAUUUGAGUUAUUUCAAUACAAGUAACCAUGCAGAGACUAAUCAAAAAAUGAAGUGCCUUCUGCCUGUCGAAGUAUGACUUAAUUUUAUUUUAUUAAAUAAAAAUUCCCUGACCAAGUCAUUACACCAGGUUCUCCAAAACAUCACC